GGUUGUGGCACUCCAUCGCUCCUCAUAACUAAAUCCUUCCGUGCCUUAUAUGGCCCGAGGCCGAGCGGCACCCGUCAGCACUGACGACCACGCCGGCCGCAGAUAUCACAGCCCAGUGACCCGCGGCCUCUAACGAUAUAAUGGAAACCUCUCCGAAGUCCCGCGCUCGGUAUUUUAGCGGUUCAGGAAAGGGCCUUUUCAAGGGAACCAGGGAGACCGACCCACGCCGCUCACCACGCACUUCACUCGCCAGUCCCGCCAACCCCCCAUCGCCACCCCCUAGCACCGGGUCGGACCUAGAGGCUGCGUCCAAGCUGGUUCGGCGCACUGCCGCGACCGGUUCAGAAGACAUUGCUCCCGAGAUUGUGGUCUGGACUGAGCACAUGAACAACAUGACGGGAGACUCGCCCGAAUCAGCCACCUCACCGACCCCGGCCACUCCGGCCUCCGAGGAAAAGACAGUAAUACCAGCACCUGCUUCCCAAGCGCCGCCUCCGGCCGCGACGCCGUCGAUUCCUGUCCAGAAUGGGACCCCCCUAAAGGAAUCCUCCUCGUUAUCCUCGCUCUCUUCUUUGUCCGACCAGUUCGAUCUCUCGUCCCACGCGCCAUCAGGAUCGAGCAAGGCUACUACCCCUGUCGACCACGACGUCUUAAGAGAGGCUCCGGCCCCUGGUGUUGCAUGUCCUAGCCAAUCGACUGGCACACCGAGGCGGAAGUGGGAUGUACGGCCCAAGGUCUCCAUUCCCUCCGACCUGCCCCUCCCCGAGUAUGCGAUGCAGUGCGUCGCAGCAGCCGAGGCGUCGAGGCUCAAUCCUUACUCACUCCACCAAGAAGAGUAUCUGAUGCUGCGGGACCACAUUAGUCAUACCCAAGUGACUACCUACCUGAACAUCAGGAAUGGUGUCUUGCGGCUCUGGGUCAGGAACCCGCAGAUUCCAGUCACCCGCGAGGAGGCUGUCGGUUGUGCCAAGGACCCGAGAUGGUUCGACGUUGCAAGCGUCUGUUUCGACUGGCUUGUCCGCCGAGGUUACAUCAACUUUGGAUGUGUCGAGAUACGGCCACCGCGUAAACACAGCAAGCAGAGCGAAUCGCCUAGUCGCAAGCAGAGAACCGUGGUCGUCAUCGGAGCGGGGAUGUCUGGCCUUGGCUGUGCCAGACAACUCGAGGGCCUGUUCUUGCAGUACGCGAAACAAUUCUGCAGCAUGGGCGAGGAGCCGCCCAGAGUGAUCGUCCUCGAAGGCAGGAACCGAGUGGGCGGCAGAGUUUACUCACGAUCUUUAAAGUCGCGGCCGAAACAGAUUCCAGAACACUUCGAGGGGAUGCGAUUCACAGCCGAGAUGGGAGGCAUGAUCAUCACCGGGUUUGAGAGGGGCAACCCCUUAAACAUCCUCCUCCGAGGGCAGCUGGGCCUCGCCUACCACUUCCUAAGGCCAGAGACCACCCUAUACGACUCCAACGGCAAACCGGUAGAUCUGCAUCGAGACCAACUAGUGGAGAACCUCUAUAAUGACUGCCUCGACCGAGUCAGCGAGUACAAGUUCAAGCAGCCUAUCUCGAAGUUGAUCGAGGGUAACAGAGAUCUGAUUGACGAGGGCAAGGACAGCUCAGCUGAAACGCACAAGACAAUACGGCAAGCAGAAGAAUCCGCCGCGGCCCAGCCGUAUGCCGUACCCGUCUCAGAGCAGAACAUGGCGCCCCAGGUGAAUCUCGUGCCAGUGUCGACCGAUAGAGCCACCGGAAAGAUACACACAGAGCCGGGGACACCGGGCGCUCUCAAGGCGGCGCACAAGGCAAAGUUAAUAGGCUGGACACUGAAGCAAGGCGUGAGUGAGGACGCGGACAUAGAUUUGGAAGCAGCAACCAAAGAGCCCAACGCCACUCUCGGGAGCGUGACAGACAAGGUGAUUGCUCAGUACAGGAGCCUGCUGGACCUCACCGCGCAAGACUUCAGGCUCAUGAAUUGGCACAUUGCCAACCUCGAAUACAGCAACGCAAUCAACUAUCAUCAGCUCAGCCUCCAAGGGUGGGACAUCGACGCCGGCAACGAAUGGGAGGGCAGUCACUCCAUGGUUGUAGGCGGUUAUCAAAGCGUGCCGAGGGGUCUCAUGCAAUUGCCUACGCCGCUGAACGUCAAACAAAAAUCUCCCGUCAGCAAGAUCACGUACACCUCCGACAGUCCCACAGGCCCCGCGACGGUGACUUGCGAAGAUGGCUCUACUAUAGAGGCCGACUUUGUCGUAAGCACCAUCCCGCUGGGAGUGCUGAAGCACGGGAGUGUCAAGUUCGAACCCCCGCUACCGGCUUGGAAGGCAGACGCCAUUGGCCGCCUCGGCUUUGGCGUUCUGAAUAAGGUCAUCCUGGUCUACAAGGAACCAUUCUGGGACGAAGACCGCGAUAUCUUUGGCGUGUUGAGGAAUCCGACCAACCGUCACAGCCUGGAUCAGAAUGACUAUGCUUCCCAGCGGGGCCGCUUCUUCCAGUGGUUCAACGUCACUAAAACCAGCGGCCUGCCCGUCCUGAUCGCUCUGAUGGCUGGUGACGCCGGUUUCGACACCGAACAGACCUGUAACGACGAUCUCGUCGCCGAAGCCACCGACAUCCUGCGCAGCGUCUUUGGUCCCAGGGUCCCUCACCCUAUCGAGGCGGUCGUUACGCGUUGGGCGUCCGACAAGUUCGCUCGCGGCAGCUACUCAUCCGCGGGACCGGACAUGAAGGCCGACGACUACGACAGCAUGGCCCGCCCGAUCGGCAAUCUCUUUUUCGCGGGCGAGCACACCAGCGGCACCCACCCCGCCACCGUUCACGGCGCAUAUCUCUCGGGUCUCCGAGCUGCCUCCGAAGUGCUUGACGCCAUGCUCGGCCCCAUCCAGGUGCCCACCCCGCUCAUCCUACCCAAAGACUCCCCCCCUUCUUCUUCUUCUUCUUCUUCUACUUCUUCGUCCUCCCUCCUCGGGAGCAAGCGCAAAGCCGGUUCUCUAGAAACAGGCCCAUCCUCAAACAGCACCGCCACCAAAGAAGUCACCGCUCGCGCCCGCCUCGAAGCCUACGAGGCCCGUCUCUGGGAGCACAUAACAGCACACCUCGGCCCGCGCCCUCUCCCGCCGCCCAAGCCCGCCACCAACGCCUACAUCUUUUACAGCAAAGCGCACUACGACGACGCACGAAGGCGCCUCGAAGCCGGCCGGCGCUCCGGAGGGAAGGGCAGCGGCAAAGGUGGAGGCAAGCCGUCACCUAACGAGGUGCGCGUCAUGAGCGCCAAGAUGUGGCGUGACGCGAGCGAGGAGGAGAGGAAGCCGUAUCUGGAGAUGGCAGAGGAACAGAAGCGGGCGUAUACGGCCGCGCUGGAGGCGUGGAAGGUUGCUGCGGCCGAGUGGGAUGGCAAGGCGGAAGAGGUGAGGGGAAAGUGGGUGCAGGAGAAUCCGCCUCCUGCCGCUGAAGGUGGUCCAGACGGCGACGUUGCAGGAAGGAGGAGGAGUAAGGCCAAGGUGGAGAGUUAUGCCGAGCUUGAUAGUGAUGUGGAAAUGGAGGCCGAUGGGGAAGCGGGGGUGGGGCCGGGGGCGAGCGACGAGAUGGAUGUGGACAGCGCCGAGGACGCGGGGGGCCCGAGCCGGGGAGGAAAGAUAACAGAAGUGGUGAUGGCGGAGUGAGUGAGCGCCAAGCAACCCCUCUCCCACCCCCUGCCCACCCCUUCUCUCACCUGGCCCGUUUUCACCUUGACGUAUUGUGUAACUGUGUGAUAUGUAUACAUUGUUUCCAGUGGCCCAUUGUGGCCUCGAUGUUCGACGGCGUCAUGAGGCUGCGCGCGGCAUCGAACGGUUUUUUUUGCGGACCAAGUUUUGCGGCUUUUUAUUGCUGGGGACAUUGGGAGGUAUGGAAGGUGGAUCGGUACAUAUAUAUUAGCGAGACUAUGAUAUAUAAUAGCGACCCGUACAUGUACUAUAUGGCCCUGCAAGAAAGAGCGGCUG